AUGCCUUUAUUUUCCCAGUCAGCAAGAGGUGCGAGGGACGAUCCCCUGGAUCGCGAGUCCAGAAGCCCCGAGUGGUGGGGCCAAGCACACUAUGUCCCUCAUAGCGGUGAUCCCGAGCGACUCUUCAUCUUCGCCGAGCCCAGCCACAUGACGAAGGAGGAGGAGGAGGCGAUCCUCGCCGUGUGGAACAAGGAGACUUCCGCUCCCGGCGCCGAAGACGCCAAAGGCCUAGCCUUUGACCUCCGUCCAAGCAACACGGUCGACCAGAAAGCAGCAGCCCAGAUCAAUGAGCUCCGCCGCAAAGGCGAGCAGAUUACGCCUGAAGUUGAGGGCAUGAUCCGCUCGCACUAUACCAAAAACUGUGGUCUUCUCGAGUCUUUGCGCCACUAUUGUCAGGAGAAGGAGUUUGUCCCUGUAGACUAUCUGAACGAGCUCGUCCUCAUGAAUGAGCGAUUGAUUGUCGAGUGCGCCAAGCAGGGAGCUCGUGCUCACGAGCCCAUUGUCCGAAACCAGGCCCCUGAUCUGCCCCCACAGCGGAAUCAACUCAAAAUUGAGAACCAACAGCUGAAAACCCAAAUUGAGCUGCUCAGGCAGAGAGUCGAAGACUUUCAGCGCAAAGAGAAUAGAUGUCGGGGGUCUUCGCGCCCUCCCAGAGUGGGUGGCAUUUACAGUUCUGCGCACCCUUCUCUGCAUGUGUCGAACGCGUCUGGCUCCACGCCUUCCAGCCAGAUAAGUGACCGUGAACGAACCGAAAGUCAAGGUGCCCCUCAAAUUACAGGUGACGACAACGACAAUUGGGGUACCACCGUCGUUGGAGGAGACGAUGCGUGA